AGAUUUAUUUUAUCAUUACCCUGGAAUUGAAAACUGGGUAAAGAUAGGAAAAAUCAACAAAUCCAUGGAAAUAGGAGAAGGAAGAUGGCUUGUAAAAGGAGAAGAAAAAGAAACAUUUACUAGCACUGAUCUUCAUAUUUGGGACUUGAGAACACAAAUAGUAGAAUUGGAAAUUGAAUUGGAUAAAAGAAAUAAUACUAGGAGAGAAUUAGAUGAAGAUGACUUUAAAGAUUUGAGAAGAGCAUUCAUUAGUAAAUUUGAAUUAAUUAAAUAUACUGAGAAAUUACAAGAAGAGCUACAAAGAUUAAAAAAUAAAAAUGAAAUAAUUUGUGAAGAAUUAUUAUGUAAUAAAAAUAUAGAUGAACAACAUAAAGAAAGAUUGGAUAAAAUAAUCUCAUUAGUAAAUAGAAAGACAUUGGCAGAACAAUUAAAUAAAGAAUUACAAGAAGAAAACAAUAAAGUUAAAGAAUUAUACAACCAACUUAAAAAAGAAUUUAAUGAUAUUAUUCCAUAUCAAAAAAAAGAAUUAGAAAAUCUAAAAUUUAAAGAACAAGUAUUAGAAAAUAGGUUAUCAUCAUUUAAAAUAGAAAACAAAUCAUUAAAUAAAAGAAAUAAAAAACUGGAAACUCAAAUAUUUGAAAUGGGAACAACCCUUGAGACAAGUACAUUAGAAUAUGAGGAUAAAAUUAAAGGAUUGAACAAAAUAUUGAAAAGAUUGACAAUAACUUUUGAAGCAAGGAUAUCAAAAUAUGAAACUAAAGUUAAUGAAUUGAAUGAAGAAUUAAAAAAAUUGAAAAAAUAUGAACAAAUAUCUCAAAAAAUAAUAGACAUCUUCAAAAGAAGGAAAACACAAGAAAAAUAA